AUGGCUCAGGAGCGCGAAGAAUUUAUCGCUGUGUGCGGGAAGCUCAAGCUUGAGGUGCUGGAGCUACUGCGCACCAAGCUCCAGCUUCCCCAGGAUGCUCUCGACUGGGUGGACGAGGUCGUUGAGUACAACUGCAUCGGUGGCAAACUCAACCGCGGUAUCAGCGUCGUGCACUGUACGCAAGCAAUGGCACCAGGCAAGGAACUCACCCCCGAGCUCAAGGAGAAGGCCAGCGUUCUGGGAUGGUGCAUUGAGUGGCUGCAAGCGUUCUUCCUAAUUGCCGACGACAUCAUGGACGAGUCCAUCACUCGUCGUGGCCAACCGUGCUGGUACCGCAAGCCCAACGUCAAGAUGAUUGCCAUUAACGACGCGUUUCUGCUCGAGGCGUUCGUGUUCCAGAUCCUAAAAAAGCACUUUCGCUCGGAACCUUACUACGUGGAUCUGGUAGAAACCUUCCACGACGUUGUUUUUCACACGGAGAUCGGACAGCUUCUGGAUCUGACGUCGCAGCCAUUGGACGGUGAGGUGUAUCUGGACCGCUUCACCGUUGAGCGAUACCGCCAGAUUGUGAUCAACAAGACGGCGUAUUACACGUUUUAUCUCUCAGCUGCUUGCGCCAUGUUCCUGAAUGGAGUUGUCGACGAGGCUUCACACAGCCUCGCGAAGAACAUCUGCGUCCAAAUUGGUGAAUAUUUCCAGAUCCAGGACGAUUUCCUUGACUGCUACGGCGACGAAAAGGUGAUCGGCAAGGUAGGAACCGACAUUCAGGACAACAAGUGCAGCUGGCUGGUUGUUCAGGCGCUUGACCGUGCGACGCCCGAGCAGAGGGAGACGCUGAAGAAACACUACGGCCGCAACGACCCCGAUGCCAUCGCAGUCGUUAAGAAGCUGUAUAAUGAGCUUGACCUUGCCACUGCUUACCACCAAUAUGAGGACGACACGUACAAGAAGCUUUCUGAGGAGAUCGCGCAGGUGACGAUCAUGCCCUCGGAGGUUUUCACUUUACUGGUUAGCAAAAUCUUCAAGCGCAACAAAUGA